CAUUUGACCAGGGUACCCUAUGUCUAUGUCUAUGUGUAUGUCCAUGUCUAUGACCCUCUUUCUCUUUAUCAAAUACACCCCCUUUCCUCCCUUUCCCCUUUCUCUCUCUUUCAUGCACCCAUGGCCGUCGAGCUCAUCAUGGCCUUUAGGAACAACGACACCUUCGCCGAGGAGAAUGCCGUUCGGGAAGCAGCAUCGGGGUUAGAGAGCGUCGAGAAGCUCAUAAGGUUGCUCUCACAAACCCAACAACAACAACAACAACAAUAUCACACAUCAAACUCAUCCAUGGAAAUUCAAACCGACGACUACAGGGCUGUCGCUGACGUCGCUGUCUCCAAGUUCAAGAAGGUCAUUUCGCUUCUCGGCCGGACCCGGACCGGCCACGCGCGCUUCAGAAGAGCCCCUUUGCCUCCUCCGCCGCCGCCCCCACCGUCCGAGCCCCGAGUCUACCGUGCGACGCCGCUCCAGCAGAUCCCGCCUCCCACCCUUCACGCCGACCCCAAAAUUGAGAGAAAGGACUCUUCCAAGACCAUUAAUUUCUCCUACUCCAACUCCUUCGUCUCCUCCCUCACCGGAGACACCGACACUAAGCAUCCCUGCUCGUCGGCGCCGGUGCCCGCCCCACCGCCAACGGGUUUUCAGAUCACCAAUCUCUCGCAGGUCUCCUCCGCGGGAAAGCCUCCUCUUUCUUCCUCUUCGUUGAAGAGAAAGUGUAGCUCUGAGAAUUUGGGUUCUGCCAAGUGUGGCAGUUCCUCUGGCCGCUGCCAUUGUUCUAAGAAGAGAAAAAUGAGGUUGAAGAGAGUGGUGAGGGUACCAGCAAUAAGUUUGAAGAUGGCUGAUAUUCCACCGGAUGAUUAUUCUUGGAGAAAAUACGGACAGAAACCCAUUAAAGGAUCUCCUCAUCCAAGGGGCUAUUACAAGUGCAGCAGCGUGAGAGGGUGUCCAGCGAGGAAGCAUGUCGAGAGGGCUUUGGAUGAUCCAUCUAUGUUGGUAGUGACCUACGAAGGCGAACACAACCACACACUCUCUGCGGCUGAGGCUACUAAUCUUAUCCUAGAAUCCUCUUAACGAAUUUAAUCCUCGUUUCCCAGUUCCCAUCACAAGUAUAUUCUGAUCAUGAAAUGAAAUUCAUAGCUUGUACAAUUAAUUGGAAGUUUUAUCUCGAAGGAGAUUGAUUGAUGGGUGUUCCAUGUUCUAUACAAUAUUGGAUUCCUUUUUCGUUUUUUCA